UUACGCAAUGGGUGGCGACGUGGAAAACAUGGAGGAAAGGGGUCCGUAGAGUUAGGCUAGCAGUGUAAAUGACUUUGUAAUUUCAAGUGUUUUCCUCUUUUGAAAUAAACCCGGUAAACAGUCGGUAUAAAACAGCUUCUUUCCGGAGAAGCUCUUGGUCAUUAACGCUGCUGAAGCCAAGAGGAAACAAAGAAACUGCGAGAAGCUUUUGUGACAGCAUUUGGCUCAUGCCCAGAAAAUAAGGACUGAAGAUCGGCAGGUGUGGCUGAAAGAAGCCAGGAAAUAUGGGAGCGAACACCAGCCAGGUUACUGACCUGUCCGAAAACACCAGCCUGAAGGCCCUGGUGGGCACAGAGACCAUAUCUGAAAACGACCCCUUUUGGAAUCAGCUCAUCUCCUUCACCUUUAUCAGCCCUACAAACAGUGGAGACUCGAAGUUACUUGAAGAGGCUGUCAUCCCACUGGCCAAGACUCUCAUUCAAAACAAUCCCAGGACGGGAAACUUUGGUGCUCUUGUGAGAGUUUUUCUGGGCAGAACCAAGGAGCUGAAAAUUUCUACAGAAUGCCAGGAUCAAUUAUUCAUCUGGCAGGCACAUAAUGCACUGUUCAUGAUUCGCUGCCUGGUGAAGGUUUUCAUCAGAGAGAUGAGCGAGGAGGAGCUGCAGCAACAGUUCUCCUUCCAGGAGAGGGCGCCAGGCUCCUGUGGAGAAGCUGGGAGUGAGGACCUCUUGGAGGAGCUGUUGUUGAAUCUCGUUCACCUGAUUGUUGAAGUGCCCCUGCUUGACAUCACCUACAGCAUUCUGUUUGAAGCAGUGACAACGUUACUGAUAUUCUUCUCCUAUCAACUCUUCCACAAAGACAUCCUCCGAGAUGGAUUAAUAUACCAGCACAUCAUGAAGGGACGAUGUUUGGAGCUGACUAGUCGACUGGUGAAGACCUUGCUUUAUAACUUCAUCAGGCAGGAGAAGUGUCCUCCUCCUACAGCCCACAUCUUUGAGCCGAAAGCUGAAGGCGGCCUUCUUUAUGGGCUGGCAUCUGGGGUGGCAAGUGGUCUGUGGAGUGUCUUCACUCUUGGUGGAGCUGGUAAUAGUGCCGGGAUAGACCAGGACAACAAUCUUUUACCUUUAUCCAAUCAGAGCCUCCUGCUUCUGCUGGUAUUGGCCAAUCUAACAGACGGACCUGACUGGCCCAACCCCUUCCGCCAGGCUAUCACUUGUUUCAGAAAUACACAAGACACAUCGUCGCUGCCUGUGGAGCCACCUCACACUUUCCAGAUCAAUUUCAACAGCCUGUACACCGCUCUGUGUGAGCAGCAGCGCUCCGACCAGGCCACUCUGCUGCUCUACACCCUGCUCCACCAGAACACCAACAUGAGGACGUACAUCCUGUCAAGAACUGACAUGGACAAUCUGGUUUUGCCCAUCCUCGAGAUCCUUUACCACGUAGAGGACAGAAAUUCCCACCAUGUCUACAUGGCCCUUAUUAUUCUUCUUAUUCUUACGGAGGACGAUGCCUUCAAUCGCUCCAUCCAUGAGGUGGUGUUGAAAAACAUUUCAUGGUACACAGAGAGGUCACUGACAGAGAUCUCGCUUGGAAGUUUGCUCAUCCUGGUUGUCAUUCGCACCAUCCAGUUCAACAUGACACGGACAAGGGAUAAGUACCUACACACCAAUUGUCUUGCUGCACUUGCCAACAUGUCAGCCCAGUUUCGGAGUCUCCAUCAGUACGCCGCUCAGCGCAUCAUCAGUUUAUUUGCUUUGCUUUCCAAAAAGCACAACAAGGUUUUGGAGCAGGCAACACAGUCUCUAAGAGGCAGACAAGGCGACAACGUAGCCUUGCCAGACUACGCGCAGGACCUGAAUGUGAUUGAGGAGGUGAUCCGCAUGAUGCUGGAAAUCAUCAACUCCUGCCUCUGCAACUCCCUGCACCAUAAUCCCAACCUGGUGUAUGCGCUGCUUUACAAGAGGGAGCUCUUUGAGCAGUUCAGGUCCCACCCAUCCUUCCAGGACAUCAUGCAGAACCUUGACACGGUGAUAGGAUUCUUCAGUCAACGUCUGGAGCAGGCUGGAAGUGACCUGUCAGUUGAGAGGGUUCAAGAGGUCAUCAUGAAAGGAGCCCAGGCCUUGCCUAAAGACAGACUGAAGAAGUUUCCAGAGCUAAAGUUUAAGUACGUGGAGGAAGACCAGCCAGAAGACUUCUUCAUCCCAUACGUUUGGUCGCUGGUCUUCAACUCUGGUGUUGGCCUCUACUGGAACCCACAUGGCAUCGAGUUGUUCAGCAUGGACUCUGGUUGAACAAGAAAAUAACCCCAAAAACAUUCAGCCUUCAUCACAGUUCAAAACAGAAUAAAAGGACUAAUGAGUG